UUGCUGUUUUUGCAUGAGGCAUGUGGGCAACGAAGAUGUCGGAUUAUCGACACCGUCACUUUUUUGGUUAUGGCGUAGAUAUUCAAGAAUGUCAUGAAUUAUAUGGAAAACAACGGGGAGGAGGGGGGCGGUUGAUAGAACAAAUUAAGCCUUAAUUUUUAGCUCAAGCACAAACUACCAUAAUACAGCUGUCUUGUUUGGGGAAUAUUAUGAAAAGCUCCAGUGCAUUGGGAAAAAAAACAAUUCUUGGAAAACAUGAGGGUGAGGGGGAGAAUAAUGAAAGGUUAAUAGAUUCAGUCAUCACAACAACGCACAUUUCUUGGCAAGACCGCAGAAGCAGAGAGAAGACAAUGUUUUGAAGAACAGCAGUCCACAUGGAUGUGAGGCCAUUGACCUCCCGGUUCCUAUAAUAAUAGACAAGUGAUGCAUUGGUUAAAUUUAUGCGUUUUUUUAGCUUGCACUAAAUCCACUUUAUUAACAGUCUGUUUUUUUUAUAUAUUCUACGUAUAUGCACUGAACUGAGUUUUGAGUUCUGUCCGGAGAUGCAUUAUAUGAUGCGCAAUAAAAUAUCUGUAUAGAGAGGUGGCAAUUAAUUCACACCCCGAUAGUAAAAAUCCAGACCAAGAUUUUGUUUCAACCAACCAGAUCAGUACUCCGUCACUGUGACUUUGUGCAAAACUGGUUGGCUGAAAUAAAACCUUGGUCUGGAUUUCUAAAUGUCCUAAAAUGUCCACCUCAGAACACAGAUAUUGUCUGCAUAUAUAUUCACUGUUAACAAGAAGUCCAUAUCCUGCAAGCUUCAAAAGUUUGAUUAUCGGAUGUAGGAAAUGCAUUUCUAAUCAACGAAAUAAUAAAAACGAAUAAUCUCAAAAUAGCAAUUGGUGAAUAAAACCUGAAUAAAAAUCAACUGAUUGCACAAACAUAUCAUGCAAAAACAGAUUUACUAUUUGUGAUAUUGUCCACAUCACACUUCCGGUGCAGUCACCCUUACAUUAUCGAGUUUUGCCCCUCUAGUUAUUUUUCAUUGUAGUGUGUAGCGCUGCAUUGAACCUAAAGGGCCUGUUUAUUUCCGGGAUAGACCCCGCCUUAAAUGAUUUCGACGGCGCACGGAUUGGACGUGACGUCAUACAUAAAUUAAAUUUUGAAAACAAGAUUGCCAUUCAUAGGACAGUUUAACCGCAUGUUACCCAACAAGUGGGCGUGUGGUAUAUGGUCGUGUAGCUAUCUACUAGACUGUAGAGGAGCAGAAACUAGGCAUGAAAGCGUUGUAAGUUAGUCUGUUUCUUUACUGAAAGGCGAUUCCUGCUCCAGUUAAGUGGCUUCUAAUUAGGUUAGCGGUGUCCACAAUAAAUCCUGGUUCGUGAUGCAGUUCGGGCAGCGCAGGCGGUUCGAGGGCUUCCAAUUAACCUCCGUAGACUUCUUCGGUACAGACCUCACGGAAACCCUGUCUCAGGCGAUCCGGCAGGCCGAGGAAGACUCACUUGCCGAAAAUGAAGACCAGGAGGCAAACGUGCUGUUUGGGACCAUUAAGGGGAGUGUCGUGGGGCUGCGAUACUAUACAGGCGUGGUGAACAACGGAGAAAUGAUCUCCUUAGUGAGGGAGCCGCACAAUCCUUAUGACAGAAAUGCAGUCAUGGUGGCCAAUGUCUACGGGAAUCAGGUCGGGCACAUCAGGAGACAGCUGGCAGCCCCGUUGGCUGAAAUCAUGGAUAACAACCUUGCUAGGGUGGAGGGGGUGGUACCUUAUCGUACAAACAACGCAUUCACGAUGCCCGUGCACCUCUCGUUCUGGGGCAAAGAGGAGAACAGGGUGGCAGUGGUGAAUGAGCUGGCCAACCAUGGCUUCAAGCUCGACUCAGCAUCUCAAGGUGCAAAGGGACCCACAAGAGCAGGUAACACGCUGGAGAGGUUCUGGUCUGGCUCUAGGAAACCAGCCGCGCAGUUACUAACUGCUGAGCAGCUGAAGAAUGCUUUCGACAAACUUUUUGAUGAUCUCAUGGAAGACAAGACCCGGGAGAUGGAACCAGCCGAGGCCGUCUGCACGCCUCUGCUUCCACACCAGAAGCAGGCGUUGGCUUGGAUGACCUCCCGGGAGAAUAGUUACGACUUGCCCCCGUUCUGGAAGGAGGAGAACGGACACUUCUUCAACGUCCUCACAAACUUUGCCGUCAGAGAGAGACCAGACCAAGUCUUGGGGGGGAUCUUAGCUGAUGAUAUGGGAUUGGGAAAGACCCUCACCACGAUAGCACUCAUCCUCACCAACUUCCAAGACGGAAAGUCUCUACCCUUGCAGAAAUGCGCCACUGUGCCGAAGAUGAAGACAAACAGAUCCCGUGCCGCUGAUUCGAAAACAGGGAAAGAUUCAGCCCUUAAAGGGAAGGAUUGCGAUGAGGAAAUCCCACAAGCCUCUGCGAGUAUGUCACAUUCUAAACGGCAUCACGAAGACGAGUUCAGAGACCUAAGACAAGGAGAGGUGCCUGGGAAAAAAGUCAAGAAGAAAGAAAACCCUGGGACGACUUCCAAAAAGGCAUCAGCCAUGCUGACAGAAGAUGCUGGCUUUGCCGCAGCGCUUGGAGGCUUCCAGCAGGGGGCAUAUGCGCUGAAUAAAAAAGUCAAGGGUAGCGGGGGCGGUAAAAAUCCCUUGAAGUCUAAGGAGAGUUCAAUGGCCAGAGCAACCUUGAUCAUCUGCCCUCUCUCUGUGCUCGGCAGCUGGCUGGAGCAGUUUGAGCAGCACGUGUGCGCAGACGUGAAUAUGAACACGUAUGCGUAUUACGGCUCAGAGCGGAACCGUGACCCCCAGUUCCUGGCCCAGCAAGAUGUGGUGCUGACCACCUAUAACGUCCUGAGUGCAGAUUAUGGGAACAACAGGAGCAGCCCUCUCCACACGGUCAGCUGGCUGCGGGUGGUCCUGGACGAAGGGCACGUGGUGCGGAAUCCCAACGCACUGCAAAGCAAGGCCGUACUGGCACUGAAAGCCGAGCGCAGGUGGAUCUUAUCAGGCACUCCUAUUCAGAACUCGCUUAAGGACCUGUGGAUGCUCAUCGCCUUCCUGAAGCUGAAGCCCUUCGACGUGUGGGAGUGGUGGAACCGGGUCAUCCAGAGGCCCGUAACCUUGGGAGACGACACCGGCCUGAAGAACCUGCAGGCCCUGGUGAAAGGCAUCACUCUUCGGCGCACCAAGACCAGCAGGGUUGGUGGGCGGCCCGUGGUGAAACUUCCUGAGAAGAAGGUCUUCGUCCAGCACGUGAUCCUCUCUGAAGAGGAGAGGCAGCAGUACGAGAGGAUCAGGAUGGAUGGCAGGGCCAUCAUAGCCAGGUACCUCAGGGAGGGGACUGUCCUGACUAACUAUGCUGACGUGCUGACCAUCCUGCUCCGGCUGCGUCAGCUCUGCUGCCACCCGCAGCUAUUGGGGGGCUCCGGUAUCUCGGCAACAGUGACAACAGAUGGUACCCCAGAGGGCGAGUGCACACCCGGCGAGUUACGAGCACGGUUAUUGGAAAAGAUCACGCUGGUGCUGAGCUCUGGUUCGGACGAGGAGUGUGCCGUCUGCCUGGAAUCCAUCCGUCAGCCGGUCAUCACCUACUGUGCCCACGUCUACUGCAAGCCCUGCAUCUGCGAGGUUAUCCGCACAGAGAAGGAGGGUGCCAAAUGUCCGUUGUGUCGCGCUCAGAUCAACAGCAAGGAGCUGGUGGAGUACCCAGGCAAGCAGGAAGACUUGGACUCCGCCAACGGCAAAGACACCUGGAUGUCCAGUUCGAAGGUGAACGCCCUGAUGACUCAUCUGCACCAACUGCGCAGCCAGGAUCCCAAUAUCAAGAGCUUGGUGGUUUCUCAGUUCACCAAGUUUCUGUCUCAGCUUGAAGUGCCAUUAAGGGAGCAGGGAUUCAUAUUCACACGGCUGGAUGGCUCCCUGAACCAGAAGAAAAGGCAGAGUGCCAUCCAGGCUUUCCAGGACCCUGCCCCAGGAAGUCCCACCAUCAUGCUGCUGUCACUCAAGGCUGGGGGGGUGGGGCUCAACCUGACCGCCGCCUCCCGGGUCUUCCUCAUGGACCCAGCUUGGAACCCUGCAGCGGAGGAGCAGUGUUUCGACAGAUGUCACCGCCUUGGCCAGAAGAAGGACGUGGUGAUCACCAAGUUCAUUGUGAAGGACUCAGUUGAAGAGAAUAUGGUCAGGAUCCAGGAGAAGAAGCAGAAGCUGGUGGAGAAGGCCUUCGGGGCCGCGCAUGCGCAGGAGCGCAAGCGGUCGCGGAUCGAGGACAUCCGAGCGCUCAUGGAGUUGUGACAGCACAGUUCACUGACAGAACCCUUGGAAGGACCGUAAAGAGAUGGCGUGCCCAUUGCAUUCAGCAGGCUCCGCAGCUGCUAUUGGUAACCGAGAGGGAUUACAGGGAGAUCACAGAGGGACCAAAGAGGUUUUUGCCGUGUCUGGGACAGCUGGCCAUCAUGAAUGGCUUCAUGACAGUUAACCUUCCAUGUGGUGUCUGGAGUUUAUAAUUUGCGGUGCUGUUUUUAGUUUGUGCUCUAUGUACAACUGCCUUUGUUAUGACUAUAUUGUUAUUCAUAGACCAAAUAUAUGGCUGAAUACCUGGAAA